CAUUCAUAAGCACCUUCCAUACAUGUCAGCAAGGCCACACGCCUUUAUUCACCGGGACCAUUUGGAUGAUCCAGUUUUUCUAAUGAUAGUUCAGUCAUGUCGGCACCUGCCAUGGGGACCAGCAAAACAGCGCACAGUGAUUCCAGUAACAAGAGGAAAAAGGGACCCGGCACGCUGGCCAUCGCUUAUCUGGUCAUUUACAACGUGGUUAUGACAGCAGGAUGGCUGGUGAUUGCAGUUGGUCUUGUUCGAGCAUAUCUUGCCAGAGGAAGUUACCAUGGUCUUUAUUACUCCAUAGAGAAGCCCUUAAAAUUCUUUCAGACUGGUGCACUUCUUGAGAUAUUGCAUUGUGCCGUGGGAAUUGUUCCCUCCUCGGUGGUCCUGACUGGGUUUCAAGUGUUGUCACGGGUGUUCCUUACCUGGGCAGUGACACACAGCGUUAGAGAAGUCCAAAGUGAAGACAGUGUUCUCCUUUUUGUGGUGGCCUGGACGGUCACAGAGAUCAUCCGUUACUCUUUCUACACCUUCAGCCUGCUCAACCAUCUGCCUUACCUCAUCAAAUGGGCAAGGUACACAUUUUUUAUUGUGCUGUACCCAAUGGGAGUGGCGGGGGAACUUUUGACAAUCUACGCCGCGCUGCCAUACGUACAAAAAACAGGGCUCUACUCCAUCACUUUGCCUAACAAGUACAACUUCUCCUUCGACUACCACACCUUCCUCAUCCUCAUCAUGAUCUCCUACAUUCCUUUAUUCCCUCAGCUCUACUUCCACAUGAUGCGCCAGAGGAAGAAAGUUCUGGGUCACGUGGAGGAGUACAGCAAAGUGGAAUAACUCGCGCCGCACACAGCAGACUGAUCGCAUCAAAAACGGAAACAAGCGGAUAACCUUUAAAAGCCACACUUUACAGAUUUUUUUAAAAAGAAGACAAGGCCAUCUUGUCGAUAAACAGGCCAGAUAUGCAGAAUGAUUGUUAACAAUAUUAUUUUGGUCAAGAACUGUUAAGAUGGUGAUUUUAGAAAUCCUGUAACUACACAAAUGGCUUUUCCUCAGUUUAGAGGGAGGGGAAUGUCGUUACCAUACUAAUACAUCAGCUACUGUGUGAAUUUUUUUUUUUAUUAUUUUGGAUUCUAAAUGUAGAAUUACUGACCAAAUAUUGUAGCAAAUAUAAUUCAAAAAGGGCAUAAAUACAGUUAUAGCUGCAUCUGGUGGUUUUAACCAGAAGAAAUGUCCCAUAAUUCUCCUGUAUUGUGUGUUCUGUACACUGUAUUUCAGACACCUGAAUCUAGUUUUCACUCAACUCAUUCCUUUUAGUAUGAUUCAUAACUCAAACUGUACUCGACUUUUACACUGCUUACGUUCCCAUCAUGAUUACUGUUAGCAUUUUCUUUGUUUGUUUUGUGCUGUGUUUCUUAAAAGGAUCAAUGUUAAUCGGUUGUUUUAUUCAGUAUUGGAUAUAUAUUGUUGGUUUGUGGUCGUUUGCUCAGAAAAGAGGUGUAUCGCCCAAAAAAAUUGGCUGAGUUGCUGGAUUUGGACCUCACAGUCAAUACUACUAAUGUACUAGAUGUGCAUUUCUGUCAUAGGAGAUUACAGCUGACACUUUAGGAGCUUUUUCAGCUGGUGAUGUGGAAGUGCUUAGCCGGGAGAAGAGAGAGCUACGGGAGCGCAUGCCGAGCAGAAGAGAGCACAAGCCUUGGCUAACGGGGGCCAAUUGGAUUUGAGUGCCUCCAGUCAUGCUUCUCCAAUGAGUCAAAUCUAAUAAUGUGGAGAGAAAGCUGAGAGUCAACUAACUUAACGCUUCAUUGCCUGUCUGCCUAAUUGAACAGCCAACUUCCAACUUUCUCAAUGCAAACAAAUCUCUUAUUGAAGUGUGAGCCACACUAUUGCACAGAAUCUUUCCAAACAAAGUGGUAAGCCUGUUCUCCUUAUCAUGCUGUUUCAUGAAACGAUUAGCAUGGGAUGGAUGGAUGCUUGUGAAAAGCUGGAGUGCAACUUUGAAUAACACUGCAUGUAAAAGUACCUUGGUUAAUAGAAGCAUGACCCUUAACUCAAAUAAAAACGCCAACAUUGUUAAGCUUUUGAUAUUAAAGAUCUGCAUGGGACCAGCAAACUUUGUAUGAAUAGUAAUACGAUGAUAUAUAUUUACAAUAAACCAUAACAUGGGAAGCAAA